GCAGGGCUGACCGAGGCUGCGCAGCCCCCGGGGCGCCUUUGGGCGUCCUGGUGCAGAGAACUCUAGCGGGCGCGGCGCUGGGAGCGCUCCGACGGCGAGAGGAGCGGGAGAGGACUCCAACCUUAGAGGAAGAGCAGCCCCAGGCCCGACCCUGGCUGUUGGGCAGGAGCUUUUCGUCCUUUAGCUGCCCACUGCUGCUCUGUGACAUCGUGGAGACCUCUGAGGACCAAACCUGAAGACCCUCACUUGGUGCCAGCCCUACGGAAUGGCCUCUCCUUUGGGAAAGGCGCUGGGAGGAGACCUUCCCCGGGAGGGAGCCGAGGCACGGCGAGAGAAUGCGCGGAGGAGCGGCGGAGGCUGCGAGGGUGCAAAGCCAGGCGGGGCCAGGAGGUGCGCCUGCCCAUGGCGGGGUAGGGACCGGGAGGCUGUGAGGACCCCUCCAGCCCCAGCCGCUCCGUGACUUCCACGACCGACUCCCCGCGUGAGCCCCCCCGGGUGACUCCGCACGGAGCGGCAGGGCCGGACAGGUCCGCAAGGCGCCGCCCGCCGCUCAGCGGCCCCGGUCCCGGGCGGGGCCUCCGCCGUCGGCCCAGCGGCGGGAGGCGAUGGCGGCCGCCAGCCCUUCGGGCGCCGGGGACCUGCCGCGGCUGGCAGAGGAUCUGCUGGGCCAGCUGCAGGACAACUUCCAGGCGCUCGCCGAGAGGAUCACGCUGAGGAUGGAGGAGAUGGGUGAGCGCAUCGAUGGCCUGCAGAAGCACGUGGCUGACCUGGUGGCAGAGGCUGGCAUAGAAAAAACCCAGGAGGAGCCCAGACACUGAGGGCCAAAUCAAGAUGAAGGGGAGCAGCACCAUGCUGGGAGCUUCCAAGCAGGCUGGCAGCGUGGGGACAGAGAGACCAGCAGGCUGGCAUUAUGCACCGAGAGAAUCUCCAUUGUUUAUUAUUUUCUAAUCAACUGCCUCAGAAACAAGGAGAGCAGACAGCUGGGAGACUGCUCCCUGCCCGUGGACAGAACUGCUAGCUUCAGGCCAGUCUUUCCUGGGUUGGGUAGAAAGAGCUGGUCCCAAGCUUUCUCAGUGUACAAAAGGUAUUGAAUUUAACUAAUUCUAGUCCAAUGUUCCUCACAUUUGUUUCCUUUCUAAGGUGUUCUCAGCCCAAGGUCCUUGUCCCUGACCAGGACCUUUUCAGUGUAUGAAAUGGAUCUAAUUCAUUAAAACUUUCAUCAGCUC